AUGAAACUUACAAGUAUGGAUACAAUAAAAAACUUGAAAUGGGCCCUUCGGAAACAAAUCAAAGCCAGGAUUGCAAAACUUUCGCAUGAUACCUUAUUGAAGCAAUCAAUCCUCGCUGCCAAGACAAUUUCGGAUUUACCCGAGUUCAAGAAUGCAAGGACGGUUGGUAUUUAUAUGAAUUUGCCAAGUGGAGAAUUACCAACGGAUGAAAUCGUGAAGACAUGCUUUAGCUUUGAUAAGAAAGUGUAUCUUCCCAGAGUGACAGCAAUAAGUCGGUUUAACGAUAUGAAACGGUUCGAGAAGCAGAAGUCCAUUCUUCAUUUCUUGAGUAUUGAUAAUCUUUCCGAGGCCAGAAGCUUGCCUGAGAGAGGUAGAUACAAAAUUAGAGAGCCCGAAUUUAAAUCCGACGGCUCCGGAUCAGUGGUGAACGAUUUACUGCAAAAUAAUGAAAAACUCGACAUACUGUUUGUCCCAGGAAUGGCAUUCAGUAGUGAUUGCGAGAGAUUGGGACACGGCGCUGGAUAUUACGACGAUUUCAUCAAGAGAUACAACGAGAAAUAUCAUGAAAAGCCACUACUAAUUGGCUUGGGGUUGAAAGAGCAACUUCUCACAAAGGAAAAUGGUGAAGUUCUACACAUGGAAGAGCAUGAUGAACUGUUGGAUAAUGUUGUAAUAGCCGACACUGUCUACAGCAGAAGAUGA